CCUGAUUAAGGGGAUGACGACUGGGCACCUGGGGCAGCGCGCAUGCCCUGCGCCCAGGGAUGGAGCCAGUCACGCGUGGGGCAGGGUGAGCCGGGGUAGGAUGCUCCGCGGGGCCUCCGGAGAGUCUGUCUGCCUCCUCCCACUCAGCCACCCUACAGCUGAGGGGGAGGCAGCCGGCGGACUGUUUGGGGCAGCACGGAGCCUGCAGGCGCCCAAGCCACCACAUCACUCCCAAGAGAGACACGUAGCUUGGGCACGCUGCAGGCCCCGCAGUGAGUGCUGCCCAGCAUUUUGUCACCCCCCUCAGUGGUGACACCCAGGGCGGCCGCCCCCACCCCACCCCCUUUCCUCCACCCCUGGAUGAUCGCAAAUCUUGAAAGAAAGUAAAUACAAGUCUGAGAAGAACCCAUCAGAGGGCAACUAGCCUAUGGUGCUGAGGGAAAGUACAUGUUUGUAAAGGAGGGACGCAGAGCUGGGAAAUUUGGUUUUGAAUCAUUUUAAGCACCACCUCAUCAAACUAUAUACUUUUAAACCGUGUUGUUUAAAUUAAUAAUGUCUUGUUAUCAAAUGCCUUUAAUAGCUUUGACUAAUAGCUGAGGCCCUUUCAUUGCCUUUCACUGCUUACAGGUGCCUACAUUAUUUUCACACUCAAUUUCUCCUGCUUCUGCAGUUGUUGCUGGUUUUGUUCUUGUAAACCACCAAGUCCACUAGCAAUAAGGAUAGGAGUGCAGAUCACUAGAUGAACUAUUGAUUUAUUUAAUGAAUAAUAAUUUAUUAAAUAAAUAGUUUAUCUGAGGACCAGAAUACCUGCAAUGAACAUCAAGGUAUCAGGGAUUGGGCUAAAAACUUUCCCCCUCUGCAUGUCUUUACUCAAUUCCUUCUUUUUUUCUGUCUCUCUUCAUUUCCUCCCCUUUGCCCAGAAAUCAUUAAGUCACACAGAUAGUUGGCUCCAUGUCAAGUUGAGUCAGAGAGAUCAAGCGAUCCACAUAAACCAACGUGUGCCUCAAACUGAAGAGCAGAAGCUGAAACUCAAAGUCUCCCAAACUCAGAGAAACCCGAAAGGAAGAAACAGAGGACAAGCACAUUUUAAAAAAGGAAGUCAAGUAAACUUGGCAUAAAGAAACGGGAAACAUUUCUAGGCUUCCCUGAAACUUGCUGAAGCUGCAUAUUAAGAAGAAACAGAAUUUGACCACAAAAUAUAUUUGAAAGUCCAAGAAGAAGAAGAACCUAGAGGCGAUCCAGAUUUCCCCCCAGAAAUCUCUAGUAGCUCUCCAGUUGUAAUUUAGUACACCUCCAGAAAGGCUCUUGCAAGUUUCCAGAAAAUCUCCAGUAGGUACCUAGAUAUUCCAUAGUAGCCUUCCAGUACUCCACCAAUAGGCAUCUAGAUGCAAUCCAGAUGAAGCCUCCCAGAAGUUUUUCUACCUGCUCUUCAGGAUUUGCACAACAGUGAUCCAGAAACUCAUCAGUUAUCCUCCCCUGGCUAUUUCCAACUGCUACCCAAGCCUUCAUCUUCUGACUGUGGCCUCCAGAGAACUUGUCUGACGGAUCUCCAGAAUUUCCUCAGAAACCAUCCAUAAAAUUCCCAGCUAUUCUCCAAAAAUUAUCGCACCUUCUCUGAAAACUUAUCUUGAAGUCCAACUAGAUAUUCUACAGAAUAUCUGAAGAGAGCACUUCCAAGAGAAUCUAAUAGUCAGAAGCAAUUCAGAAGGAGCUCUGCUUGUGUUCUUCACAGGAUUCCCUAGGGUUUUGCAACAGCUGUAGGACAACCUUCCCAGCCCAUCUUAUAUCCCGGUUUCUUCUACACAUUGAACUUGGUGAAAGACAAUAUUCUCCUGGUACCAUUUUCCAAAAGUUCUUGUGCUUUUAGAUUCUGCCCACUGGAAGAGGAAGCCGACCACAAUAGACAAGGCACUCAUCACCUGCUUCCUUGAAAGCAUCACCACCACUAUUUUUCUUCACCACUCCCAGUUUUCUUUCUUGCCGCCAAGCUGGAGUCACUUAAACGCUGGAAUGAGGAGAGGAUGGUCUGGUGUGAGAAAGGUGUCCAGAUUCUGCUCACCACUGUGGGGGCCUUUGCAGCCUUUGGCCUCAUGAUCAUCGCCAUUGGCACAGAUUACUGGCUCUAUGCCCGUGCCUUCAUCUGCAAUACCACCAACAUAUCUACUGAGGAAACCCCCCAGAAAGACAAGAAAGAUCCUGGAGGGCUCACCCAUUCAGGCCUCUGGAGGAUAUGCUGCUUAGAAGGUGAGGGGCGCAGUCCAAAUGUUGUUAAUCCAUUCAAUAAAGUUCUGGGAUAGGAUUCAGGGGCGGCCACUGGCCAGGAACCUGAACACCCUCUCUGGAAAGCAAGUUUAGGGGAAAAACACUGGAAAAUAAGGAGAGGGAGGCAGGAGAAUUGUAGGACAGUACACCAAGCUGGAACAAAUAAUAACAAAGAUGCAACCAGGGAGAAGCCCUUAGUGUACGAUUCAUCUAGCAUGAGAAAAGGCUGGAAGAAGAGGAAAUGAAACUAGUGGAAAGAACUUGCGAGAAAAGUAUUGGGCCUAGGUCCUAAAGCAUAAAUCUUUGUAGUUCAGUGCUGAUUAAAAAUGAAAGGUAUCUACACACAAGGGCUGUUUAGUACUGCUGAGACACUGCUUUCCCCCACUUAGCAUGAAAGAAAAUUCAGGUGGUGGUUCUGCUCAUGGCUAAUAUGGUUGCAAAAUGUUAUGUAAGCUUGAUUCAGCAGACGCCCCCUGCAACUUUACUUGGAAGCUUCCUGCAUCGCAGGGGGUUGGACUAGAUGACCCUAAGCGUACCUUCCAACUCUUCUACGAUUCUAUGAUUCUCCUUGCAGCUUCUACCUCUAGUUGCUUCCUAUGUAAUGUGUCAGCAGUAUUAACUAUGAAUCCUCUUAAUUGCUCUUAAUUAGUGAGUUCCUACCCUGUGGGGUGGGAGGGUUUGAUUACUAAUUUCCCUCAUUAUUUUGUCUUCCGUAUUGUAAAAUAAAGUUAUUUCACAAUAAGAAAAGAGGAAGAAAAUAUGAGAGGAUACCAGUAAUCAACCCCCCCCCAUCCCUCGGCAUUUACAGGGAAUAGAAGCUGGCUAAUUACAGGGCAAUUCACCAGCCAUGCUGAAUGGGAAGCAAUUAAGAGGCAGAAGCCACAAGACAGAGGCUUCUAACUAAAGGCACAGUAGCUCAGAAAAGUUUAAUGGUUUCCUGCUCCACACCAGACAGGCUGACGCAGCAGUUUUAUUGCAUAGAUGAAUAAAAAUAAUACAAAUCGGUUCUGAAGAAAACACCGGAAUGCAACAAGCUGGCAAUAAUAUCUGGAUUCUCUGUAAAACACAAUUAAAACAAAGGGUGACAAUUCCAAACUUAAGCUGCAAGCUUGGCAGCAACCCAAUAUCCAAUAGUAUGGCCUAGCAGCUGUUGACUGAGAGAUUCAGUUGAUGAGACAGGAUGAGAGGAAGGCAGCUGGAGCAGCAAUGAAAGAAUCUGUCUAUAUAGAUAUAUUCUAAAAGCCAGUCACCAACAUUGCAUCCCACUGUCCCACCAUUCAGCCACACUUGUGCCCAAGAAACAGAAUACACAAUGGAGCAAUGGAGCGAGGAGUAGGCUUGAUUCUUAAUGGGUGGGGUCACCAGAGGCAGGGAGCAGGGUUAGUCCCUAAUCUGGAGUGUGCCCCUUUGCUUUCUCCUAUGUAACUGGGAAAGCACGCCAUCUUACAAAAGAAAACCUAAGCAUUGGAGAUACAAGUGCAGUGAGGGGGAAACCUGCCCCAUCUCUCCUCCCCCAUGUGGCCCUUGCAGUCUAUAAACCCACCACAAUCUUGCCUGUCACAGUGGGCAGGACACCAACAGCAAUCAAGUACAUAUUGUUGCUGUUAUGAAGCUCUCUCCUUGCUCUAGAAUUCCUCACUCUACCCACAUAACAGUAAACAGGCUGCCAUGUUGCCCACACAAGGCGCAGUCAAAGAUCCCAGGUUCUCGCCUAGAAAAAGAAAGCCUUUAAACGCUCAGAGGUCUGCAGGUGCUUGCGCCCCCUGCCCUCUUCCUCCUGCUCAUGCUGCCACACCCCACAGAGCAAAAUUAGGGUCCUUCCACACUAGCUGUUUCCCUCUCCUGCUGUGGCCCUAAACAAGCCUCUGAAGCCCUGUUCGUACUGAGAGGAAAUCCCUUGUUGGUGCUCUGGUUUUAUAGAGUCACGGCUUGUGGUGAUAUCUCUGACCCUAAACAGAAUCAUUGAUAGCUCAGUGGAUUAGAGCAUGGUGUUGAUAUACUGAGGUUGCAGGUUCCAUCCCCAUGUGGGGCAGCUGCAUAUUCCUGCAUUGAAUAUGCAGGCAUAGAUCAGGCAUAGGCAAACUCAGCCCUCCAGAUGUUUUGGGACUACAGCUCCCAUCAUCCCUACCUAACAGGACCAGUGGUCAAGGAUGAUGGGAGUUGUAGUCCUAAAAUAUCUGGAGGGCCGAGUUUGCCUAUGCCUGGACUAGAUUAUCCUCAGGGUCCCUUCCAGCUCACCAGAUCCACUUGGGACCCACCUGGCAUGGCCUACAAUCUGCGAUGCACAUGAUGACAGAGUUGGUGAAGCCCCUCAGCUCUGCAUGACUUGCCCCUGCAUUCCUUCAUUACACUGUCACUACCUACCACUCGUACCUGAAUUCCAGAGACCUUUCAGAAAGGUUGAAAUGAUGCAGAUUAUCAGCUCCAGAGAGGGAGACUAAUUUCAGCCCCCGUCCUUUUCCUCAUCAAGCUGCUCAUUAGCAAGAUUUUUCCUGCAUUGGCUUCCUACGCUUCCAUCAUUACAUGGCCAGCAGCUAAGGAUGGAUGAAACUGUCCAAUUUGGAUUCUCUCUGUUUUUCAUUUUUACAAUCUUAAAUUUAGUUUCUGCAUCAACCUGAAUAUAUUUUUUAAUCCUCGUGGAAAAAACCUGUCAGCUUCAUUUUGCACAUUUCUCCUAAAAUACUUAUUUUUGGAUGCAUUUUUGUCUAAUACACAUAUUGGUACAAGCUAUUUCCCCCUAAUAUAAUGCAUUUUUUGUUUGCCAUAUAUGCUUUUUGUGCAUGUUGUGUGGAACAGCAUUGCAAAAUUCAGAGAAAUGUACAUUUCAAAGAGUAAUUGUCUUUUGGUUCACUGGGUAGUUUCUUGGCAAAACAGAAACAAAAUUGAAUUUUUUCUUUUAUCCCUACUUGCAACGCAGUCUCUCUCUUCCCUUGUUAUUUUUUAAACAGGCUGUCAUUCACCUUCUUCUGGUUGUUGUUUUUUUAAUGUUCAUUCCUUUUUUGCUUUUCUUUUUUUGCACUAAAGCACAAACAUUUGAAAAAUUAAAUUAAAAAGAGACAAACAUCCAAACUCCUGCUGGUGCAACCAUGCUGCCUGCUUUUGCCUUUUCCAUGGGGAAUGGGCACUGUGAGAUUGUUAAGAGAAACACAGCACUAAAUUCAGUGCCAUUUAAAUGUGACAUCAUAGUGAUAGACCUGCUUCUAUCUGACUGAAUGCCUCAGCAGCACAGGACAACAAGGCCUGGUGUAGAAAGGAGAACAGGCAGGGUCAGUGGAGGAGCGAUGGGUGUUGUGGCCCAAAACAUAUGGAGACCACCAGGUCUGGUGAAGACUGACACAGAACCAUCUAAUCCAGAAUCCUGCUUCCCAUAGCAACCAAGAAGACAGCUCAGAAAAGCCCAAAAGCAGAACACAAGAUAAUAACCGUCCCUACCUUUACCCUGUAGUGAAUGGCACACAUAAAUAUGACUAUUUUAUUUAGUCAUUGUGGCUAGUUAGCCAUUGAUAGAAUUGUCACCUGUGAAAGUAUGCAUCCCUUCUUAAAUCCACCCAAGACCCUGACCAUCACAUCUUGAGAAUGAAGUGGAGACUUGCCCUGUGCAUUAAAGUUUAGACAUUUUUCCCGAAUGAGCUGGCAACCACCGUAUAGGUCAGGCUUCCUCAACCUCAGCCCACCAGAUGUUUUGAGACUAGAAUUCCCAUCAUCCCUGACCACUGGUCCUGCUAGCUAGGGAUCAUGGGAGUUGUAGGCCAAAAACAUCUGGACGGCCGAGGUUGAGGAAGCCUGGUAUAGGUCUUACAACUAGCCAGUCAUAACUCAGCUUACUGGGGGACUACCAGAGCAAUGUUGGUGACUGUGGUAACCUACCACUCUAGGCCUGAAGAAGGUCCCCAGUGCCCCUAGGUGCUCUAGGUGGCUUCUUGGGAAGGGCAAUAUCUCAGUGGUGCAUCGGCCUUACACUCAGAAAGUCCUGGGUUCAAUUCCUGGCAUCUCCAAAUAGGACUAAGAAAAACUCUGGUCUGAAACCCUGACCAGCAUAUACAAUACCAAGCUAGAUGGAUUUGUUGUCUGACUCAGUAGAAGGCAGUUUCUUAUGUUCCUAUGAGGUAGCGCUUUAUAGUGGCCGGGCCUGCCUUGAGAAAUGGGGCUUGGCAGACUGCGCUGAGAUUUUGUAAGAGCUUGGGAUUUGGUAGGGAACAUUUUGUGUCACGGAAAACCCAACGAAGUUGGAGCCAAUUACCAGAAGAUGCCUCAAAACGCAGCUCUGAGCUCAAGCCGCGUUCACAGAACUGCUUUGAAUGCUGGUCAUCUCUGUCUCCCUCUGCUCUAGGGCUAAAGCGAGGGGUGUGCGUGAAAAUCAACCAUUUUCCAGAGGACACAGACUACGAUCACGACAGCGCGGAAUACCUCCUACGUACGUAUAAAUAGGGGGCUUAUUCAUUCCCCUGCCUUGGCCUCGGCAGUAAUGUGUCUCUACUGUUCUCCGUUACCAGGGGAAACAGAGUUUGAAUACCACUGAAUCUCAGUGUCAGAGGUUGCUGGGGCUGAGAUACAGAAGCCGCCCUCAAGAUUUAGCUGGAGAUGGACAGCAACUCCUACGUAUCAAAGGGGGGGGGGUUUGCAUCAAAUCUUGUGGUUUCCGGGGGGGGGGGGGGAGUUACUUCACUGCAAAAGGGAUGGAGUUGCUUCUCAGUGCUAUGGAUUCCUUUGAGUCUGCCAUGUUGCAGAGAAGGAGUUCUUCAUGCUGGGGAUUACUGACAAGUUAUAAAGAGGCAGCGGCAGGGUAGAUGCAGCUGUGUCAGAAAUGCCAAGGAUUCCCCAUCAGUUCUGCUGAGUGGCUUCUUGCAUCCCCCACCCCACCCCUGCCAAGUAAAUACCAAAUGCAGGGCUGGAAUCAACAUUACGCUGACUACUCUCUGGGGUAGAGGCUCCAGCCAAAUUAGGGCUCUGCAGUGAUUUAAUUGCCUUGAAUUUGCAAAAGCAACUGCAAAAAAGAAAGUAUUCUUCCCUCCCCUGAAUAUCAUUUAAAUUUUUUCAUGAAACUUCCUUAAGGAAAGGGUGGGGUGCUGCCUUGAUUCACUUAUGUAGGUAAAUUUAAAUGCAAACUGCCUGGUCAGAAGGAGAUGAGAGAGAGAGAGAGCGAGAGAGAGAAAUGCCUGUGUGCUUGCAUAUAAGUAACAUUAGCCCUCGGGAGGUCAUUCAUGUAAAAGGAUUAGACAUUCAUGGGGGAAUGGUAUUAACCAUGACAGCUAACUGCAUCCUCCAUAUUCAGAAGCAAUACAGCUCGGAUUACCAGGCGCUUGGAGCAUGUGGCCAUAGAUAGUUAUCUCCUUGUUUCUGUUUAUUUAUCUGUCUAUUUAUUUUUAUUUAAUUAAUUUAUACCCCUUUUGCCAAACCAACUUUCCAAAGUGACUUAUAUUCAAAGAAAAAUAAUUAUAACAAUAACAUACAAUAUUAGAAAUCAAGUAGAGCACAAAAAUAGAAAAACAUGGGAGCAUUCAAAACCAGCAAAACGCAGUGCUGUCAAUCAUAUUCAAGCACUGUCUAAAAGUGGGAAGGGAAGGAGCUUGUUAGACCUUCCCUGUGAGAGAAUGCCACAACAGUGGUGGUGCUGCUGAGAAGGCUUUGUCCGUGGUACCCACCAAUCAAAUAAUUUCUAAUGGUGCGCCAGCGAGCAAAGUCUCCCUUGCUGAUCUAAGCCUAGACAGGUUCAUAUGGGCAAAUAUAAAGAUAAUCUUUAAGGCCCUAAAUGUUCUGAGACCAAGCUAUUAAUCAGCACUUUAAACUGAUCCUUGAACACUGAUUGGAAACCACUGCGUUUGAGGUCACAUAAGUUGCAUAUGAUUCAAGUGCAUUGCUCCUACCAAGCAUCCUGGCAACUGGGUUUUAUACCAAUUCCAAGAUGCAUUGUUCUCCUGUAGAGAACAAUGGAACAGGCCAGUCUGUAUGUAACUAGUGCAUGGGAAACUGAGGCCAGAUCCACCUCCUCUCAGUAGGGACACAGCUUGCAAACCAGCCAAACAGGUGAAAAGAGUUUAUGGUGACCGACAUCCAAAUGGAUUUAGGAGUACUUUCAGGCUGUGAAUUUUAUUUUUCAGGCAGCGGCAGCAGCCAGGGGGCGGGGAAUAGUUCCAUCCUAAAGCAGGUUACAGCCUCCAUCCGGAUGAGAUUUCCAGGGGCAUCUCAUUGGCCACUGCUAGAGACACAAAACUGACCUUAGGUCCUAAUCCAAAUCGUACCUUUGACAUCAAAUAGUGCCUUUGAUACCUGAGGUGUAUGUUUUCAAGGCCCAUCCUAUUCUUGUAUUCUGUUUUACCUGUUUUUAACUCUGAAUUCUAUAUUGUUGUAACCCACCAUGGGACCUGCUGGUGAAGGGCAGGUAAUAAAUUUAUGUAAUAACCACCACCACCACCACCACAAUAAUAAUAACAACAACAACAACAAGAAAACACAUAUGGAAGAUCUUAUUCAGAGACCUCCUGUAUCUCACCUCCUCUGGCCAAAAGCCGGCUAGCAAGGCUAGUUCAGUUCAUGAAAGCUUUGGUUCAAACAGCACACUUAUGGUACACUUUUGGGGAUGACAAAAGUUGGUGCAGAUAGUUGUCCAGAAUAAUGUCACCCCUAAACACUAACCUACCAGGGACGCGGGUGGCGCUGUGGGUUAAACCACAGAGCCAAGGACUUGCCGAUCAGAAGGUCGGCAGUUCGAAUCCCCGUGAUGGGGUGAGCUCCGAUUGUUCGGUCCCUGCUCCUGCCAAGCUAGCAGUUUGAAAGCACCUCAAAGUGCAAGUAGAUAAAUAGGUACCACUCCGGCGGGAAGGUAAAUGGCGUUUCCGUGUGCUGCUCUGGUUCACCAGAAGCGGCUUAGUCAUGCUGGCCACAUGACCCAGAAGCUGUAUGCCGGCUCCCUCGGCCAAUAAAGCGAGAUGAGCGCCGCAAUCCCUGAGUCGGCCACAACUGGACCUAAUGGUCAGGGGUCCCUUUACCUUUACCUUUAAACACUAACCUGAACAGCAAGUCUCUUGCAGUGGUGAGAGGGAGGUGGGGGAGAAAGAGCCUUCAGGCCAGUGAUGGGUACAAAUAUCCCAUGUACCUUUCUAGGAUUGGGUGCUCAAAGGCAAAGCCUUAUUGCCCAACAUGGGUGUUCUUCAUGACCAAAGAAAUUUUGGAGGCACUUCUCUAUCUGCAAGCCAAUGUCAUCUUAAUAGUUUUACUACUUUUUACUCUCGUCUUUUCAAUUAAAGAUUAGCCAAGAAUUUAUGAAUGGCAAUCUUUUCUGCCAGGUGCUCUUAACAGUUCCUUCUUCUCAGAAGUCCUCACCUUUCCCUUAAACAGCUCCAUCAGGCCUGUGCCUACAGAUGAUUUAAAAUAAAUAAAUAGAUACAUAUUUUAAAAUAAUAUCCUGAUAUUUUUCAAAGGGAAAGAGGAGCAGCCAUUUCACAUUCCCCUUUAACUAAAAACAAUGCAAGACAGAUUUGCCUUCCUUCUUUCCAGUGCCUGUAACAGCUGAGACACAGAAGCUCCCAUUUUGGAACUGACAUUAGCCCUGGCGGCAAGAGAGUUCUCUUGGUUGUCCCUCUGAAAAUCCAUUCUGAUUUGACAUGAGUUAGGAUGGAGUCACUUGCGCAUAAGUAAAUCUACUCUUCUACUCUGAAAAAAAUUCUCAUAUGCUGCUCCCUGUCUCUCUUAAUCAGAGGCAGUACCUUCUUUUUUCUGGACCUUAUCGCUGUUAAACUGCUGCACCUAUUCCAGUGGUGCGGUUAGGUAAUUUUAGACUUUGGACUUACGCCCUGCCUCUCUAUAUAGGUGUAUUACUUCACAGUGACCUGGUUCACAUAACACUAAGCUGUGGCUUGUUUAACAAACCAUGAGUUAUCCACAAUUUGUCCCAAAGAUGGUCAAACAAACCAUGGCUCGUUCCCCCCAAAUUUGGUUUGUUUUCCAAUUACUCUGGCCUGGUAGUUUGGUGAGCAUCUGGAGAGGAGGGGCCAAACAAACCAUGGAAAAGUGUCACAGUUAAAACAAAGCAGGGUUUGUAUACCAACCACAAACCAUGGCUACAAACUGUGCAGGGGCGGAGCUAGCUGCCCCGGCACCCAGAGCAGCACAGGGGCGGGGCUAGCCGUCCGCCCAGCGAGCAUGGGGGGGCGCUAGCCGCCUGCAUGGUGAGCGUCUGGAGGAGUGUUGCUAGCCAUCUGCGCGGCGAGCGUCCAGGGGCGCUGCCCGCAAAGCGAGCAUGGGGUGGGGUUGGCCCAGCGAUAUCAACCACCCUCACGGCUGACAUCCGGUGUGCACCGCACCUCCCGCACCCGCCUUCCUCCACCAGUGAAACCAUGGCCCAAAACCCCCCACAUUGUUCAGUCACUGUGACACUGUUUAAACAUAAUGCUAAGCCAUGGUUUAACAAAACAUAGUUAAAUAGACUGCGGCUUAGCAUUAUGUGUGAACCAGGCCAAUGUGGCAUGCCAGCCCUUCUGUAUUUGGGAUUCCCCACUAAUUCUGCUGAGUGGGGCCCUAAAUGACUACCUUAUUUUAUCCCUGAUCUAGCUUUUGAGGAUGCCUAAAGUAUGUGUGAAAUAUACUAAUAUUGUUGUUCAUUAAGGUUCGUCUCCCUCCUGAGGCCCCCAUGACAUUUAAAUAUCUGAGUGAGGGGUAAGAUACAUUUUGUCUCUAGCACGCAAGCACAUACUCUCCCAACAAUUUUCACAGACAAAAAUAGGGACAUGCUUAUUACACCCCAGCUCUCAUACCAGGGAUAGCUGUCUGAGCCACCCUCCCUCCCAUUACAACAUUGCUGAAAGCCCUGGUCAUUGACUUGCUUACUUUAAUCAUUUACUUGCCUGCCCCUUAACACAGAUUUAAUAGCUGGGAGACUGCUUGCUCACUUGGUUAAAGCUAGGGAUUUUUUUAAAAGUAUGUGAUGUACAAACAAUUGAAACAGAAUUGAAUGAAAAAUAAUAAUAAUUGUCAUAACAAUAAGUUACCAACAUUUCAAAAUAUACCUCAGCAGCUGCAGUGUGUGGAACAGCUGGCUGUACAUUGCAUCGUACCCUUGCAUGCAUGCACAUGCAUUGAAAAGCAACAAGAUGUAUUCACUGUUCACCCUGACAUGAAACCUCUAGAGAUUCCAGGAAGAGAGCCGAAUUCCAAAGGCUGACAGUUCUCACACUCUCAGAAACCAACAAGACAUCCCCAAGAGGCCAAAAGGGAAAAUAAAGAAAAAGGACGGAAGGAAAGAAAAGAUUGUGAUUUGUGAGGGAUGAGUACAAAAAUAAAAAAAUAAAAAAAUCAGGGAUGACCUAUGGCAAAUAAGAACAACUAGAGUAUCUGCAAACAUAUGUCUGUGCAUGACCACUGAGGCACCAUGUAGUGCACAGCCUGCCCCUUCUCAUGCUGCAGUUUAAGAGGUCUGACUUUAAAAUAAAUGCAGAACACAGGAGGUGGAGUAGAGCCUUCAUCAACAUAUAAUAAAGGGGCUCAGAGUUGUGAGGCGGUAAAUCUUUCUAUGAGAAUCAGAGUGUUACAAGCGUGCCCUUUAGAUUUUCACUCGUGAAAUGUUGGCAGGUAUGCAAGGUCUGGUUCCAGUGGGGUUUGAUUGUUGCUUUUCUUUGUGGGACAGGAUGAUUUAUUAAAAAUGGCCACAUGCUAAGGGAACGCCAGGAGGGAAGAAGUGUGGGGAAUGGAUUCAGGGAAUGUGACUGGACAGUCAAGUGUUCUAUGUGCAACUCUAAGAGGUGGCUCAAGCCUAUUUAUUUAUAUUCAAGUUAUAUACCACCCUUUAUCCAAAGAUCCCAGGGUGGUGUACAACAUUAAGAACAUAAUUUAUGCAGCAUAAUAAUAACAACAUAAUACAUAGCGUAAUAAUAAAAUAAUCAUAAUAACAGCCCCCCCCCCCCAUUUAACAGGCAAUAGAUUUUUAAUGGCCAGAGGCCUGGGUAAAAAUAAAUGUUUUUGCCUGAUGCCUAAAGACAUGUAAUGGUGGUGCCAGGUGAGCCUCUCUGGGGAGAGCAUUCCACAGAUGGAGAGCCACCACAGAAAAGGCCCUUUCUCAUGUUGCCACCCUCCAGACAUUUUGGGGAGGGAGGACAUAGAGGAGGGCCUUGGAUGACAGGUGCAGGGCCCGGGUCAGUGCUGGUAUGAGGAGAGGUGGUCCUUCAGGUAUUGAGGUCCUGAAGAAUGGAACCAAAAACUGUCAGCAAGUGCAGCCGAUCCAAGAUCAGUGUUAUAUGUUCAAAUUGUCUUGUUCUGGUGAGCAACCUGGUUGUUGAAUUUUGCACUAGCUGAAGUUUCCAAACCACCUUCGGAGGCAGCCCUUUGUAUAACACUGCAGUAAUCCAACCUAGAGGUUACCAGAGCGUAGGCCACAGAAGUUAGUCUACCACUGUCCAGACAGGGACGUAAUCGGGCCACCAGACAAAGGCACUCCACACCACCAAGGCCACCUGGCAAUGACAGUAAUGGAUCCAGGAGCACCCCAAAGCUACAUAUUUGCUCCUUAAAAGGGAAUGUAACCCCCUCAAGGUCAGGCGGUCUCCCAUCCAUCCAGUCUAGGAAGCCACCCACUAACAGUGCCUUUGCCUUAUUCGGAUUGAGCUUCAGUUUACUGGCUCUCAUCCAGUCCAUUACUGUGGCAAGGCACUGGUCCAAGGUGAAUUACAAAAAUUUCAACCUCUCCUUCCAAAGUGUUGUGGGGGAGAUAAUUAAUAUGAACAACAUCUUUAACCUUUCGACAGGAAACAUUUCCCACAUCAGUUUCCAACAGCUUCUCCAGCCCACACACAGGCACACAGGGUGUGUCAUAGCUCAGUAGCCACAAGUCAUCAAUGCUGCGUUACAACCAAUAAAACCAGGCAGGUAAAUGAAGUUGGCUCUAGAGAGGCUGUGGAUUGAUUUAGGCAUUACUUACGUAAAACAAACUAUCGGCAGAAUCUUGUAGCGUUGACCUUGCUGGAUUCCACCAUUUCAGAGUGAAGGUACAGACUGCACCAUCAAAUACUUCUUUCCCUCUAGAUUUUUUUCUGAAGAAAUCCUGUAUGCAUAGAAAACCAGCAUGUCAGGAUGAGGAAGGCUGGUUCAGAACACACCCUGAGAGACUAGUUCUCUCUGUGGAGAGAGCUCUGCUCUCAGACAUAUAUUAUUUCCUGCAUUGUAAUCUCCUCCAACCUACCUUCCCCUCCCCACAGGUGUGGUACGAGCCUCAAGCAUCUUCCCCAUUCUAAGUGCAAUCUUGCUAUUGCUGGGAGGGUUCUGCGUGGCUGCCAGCCGUGUCUACAAGUCCAAGCGCAACAUCAUCCUAGGUGCCGGCAUUCUAUUUGUUGCUGCAGGUGAGUGGGGGUAAACAAUCCCUCUCUGGUUCUCUAGUGUAGUUCCAUGUGUGUGUCUAUUCAGUGGUCAGUUCACACACACAACAGAGAGAGAGAGAGAGAGACAGACAGACAGACAGACAGACAGAGAUCCACCAAAAACUUUAUCCCCCAGUCUAUAGCUGUGUAUACACUCCCAUUUGCUUUGCAUCCAGGUGUUCCCAACACUGCUUUGGGAAGAGGUAUACACAUGAUGUAAGCCACAAUCUGUAUCAAUUCUUCCAUUUCUUAUGAAAUGCUACAUUUCAGUGCAUUCCCCCCCCAAACCAGUUUCAAUUUGAAUUGGCGAAAAGAACAACCUAGCUGUGUUUUAAACUGGAUAUGUGUACACAGCUUAUUUCUCUGCCAAUCUAUCACCCUUCCUUUAUCACUUCAUGCAUGCAUCUACAACUUCACAACUAUUUACCUCAACCUUCUUACCCAUUCCCUCAUCUUUCCUUUCUCUUCCUGCUUAUCCUACCAGAGGCGGAUUUAGGGCAGUGCAGCUACAGUGUCUCAGCGUCUCAACAUAUAGGGCAGCUGUGUACGGAGCCAGGAGCUCCCAGUUCGAGCCUUGACAACUCCUGACGUAUCCAUUCACUGCCACCAUUUUCCCUCCCGCUUUCAUCUUUCUCUAACCCAUAUCCAUAUGCAGUGAGUCAUCUGCCUUCUCUACCUGCCCACCCCACAGCCUCCCUCAUUUCACUGUUCUUUAUUUCCACAACUCCUCAGGCCUCAGUAACAUCAUCGGUGUCAUCGUCUACAUCUCAGCCAAUGCUGGAGACCCUGGCACAAAACGCGACGACGAGAAGAAGAGCUACUACUCCUACGGCUGGUCCUUUUAUUUUGGUGGCCUUUCCUUCAUCCUGGCCGAGAUGAUUGGAGUCCUGGCCGUCAACAUAUACAUCGAGAAGAACCGGGAAGCCCAUUGCAAGAGCCGCACGGAGCUACUGAAAAACCCAUCUUCCUCGUCGUCGGCCAUCUUGCGCCUGCCCAGCUACCGUUUCCGAUACCGCCGCCGGUCACGCUCCAGCUCCCGCUCCACCGAGCCAUCACAGUCUCGAGAAACCUCGCCAGUGGGCCUCAAAGGCUUCCCUUCCACUGACAUCUCCAUGUACACACUAUCGAGGGACCCUUCCAAAGCCAACGUCAGCUCGCUCUACGGCGGUGCCAGCGAAACGGCAUCGACGGGCGCGGCUGCGUCGGGCGCAACUGGCAGUGGCGGUGGGUUCUUGCAGCUGCACAACACCUUCCCCAAGGACCCUGGUGUCACCGUCACAGUGACUGGGCCUGGUGUAGCGGGGGCGACUGGCACCCUGGGCAAAGACACCUCCUCCAACACCAACACACUCAACAGGAAGACAACGCCAGUGUAGGGAUGGAGUUAAGGGAGGAGGGGGCAUAGGGAGGAGGAAAGAUGAAGAGAAGACACAGCUCAGAGAGUAGGUUGGGAGAGUCAGAAAGUUGCAAAGCGAGAAAACAAUCCAUCCAUGCAUUUCCUCCCCUCCCUCCCUUCCCUCAUCCAUCCAUGAACUCGCAUUGCUUUCCUUUUUUCUAACCCGCCAAUAGAACCCAAAUUCACACCUCACACCUUGGGGGAGGGCAAAGUAGCAGAGGAGUAUGUUCACCAGGGGGCUUUCAUGAAUGAAGUGACAGGGAUCAGCCAUUCCUACAGCUUAAGAGACACUUAAACCAAACACCAUUGUCCUUUCAAAACAGGCACCUCAAGGAUAACCUAGAUGGACUACUUUUCCCCACCCCACAUUGGGAUGGAGAAGAGGGGAUGCUGUUGUGUCUCAGAGGUGCUUGAGGAAGGAGGAUAGUUUUCCUUGCCUACUUGGUUAAGAUCUCUAACGGGCAGCCAGAUUCAGAAUCUGAAAGGGACGUCCGUGUGCGUGUAUAUGUUUUGAAGACCCUGGCUCCUCCGCUCGUAAGCCUCUUACAAGAUGGCUUCCACAGCGUACUGUGCCAAAUUUGGGGCUGCAGUGUGGAUCAAGAGGGUGUUUUGUUCCUCAGCGGGUAUAAGGGAACCCUCUCUUCUCCUUCACUGCAGCUUAAUUAAGGGCUGACAAAAAAGUUUGUGC